AUGCCGGCGCACUCCCCACGCGACGCGGUGCUGGAGGCGGCGGCUGCGGCGAAGAACGCCGGCGCCGACGUCAUCGUCACCGUCGGAGGUGGGAGCCUCACUGAUGGGGCCAAGGUCGUGCGGAUAGCUCUUCAGGCGGAAGCCACCACCUUAGAGGAGCUGGGCAAAUACUGCUUCAAGGGAGACGUGUCUGCAGUGAAGGACACCAAGCUGAUUCCGCAGGUGUCGAUCCCGACAACGCUCAGCGCAGGCGAGUUCGCACCAUAUGCUGGCUGCACAGAUCCAGCCACCAAGGUCAAGGAGACGUACGUGUGGCUGGACGCCCUUCCGAAAGCCGUUGUUCUCGACCCGUGGCUAGCGCAGCAGACGCCGGAGUGGCUUUUCCUCUCCACGGGUCUGCGUGCAGUGGACCACUGCGUGGAGUGUUUGUGCUCCCUCUCUGGGAACCCGUACUCCGACGGCCUCGCAGCUGCUGCCCUGGCGCUGCUGGUGCGGGGUCUCCGCAAGGCGAAGGCCGAGCCGGAUGAUGUGAGCGGCAGGAACGACUGCCAGCUUGGCAUCUUCCAGUCGGUGCAGGCGUGUCAGUCUGGACCCAAAAUGGGUGCAUCCCACGCCAUCGGGCACAUCCUGGGCCCUGUCUUCGAAGUUCCGCAUGGUUACACCUCCUGCGUGGCUUUGCCGGGUGUCCUCCGAUGGAACGCGGAGGAUGAAGCGAGCUUGAAGAGGCAAAAGUUGGUCGUAGAGGCCUUCGAGCGUGCAGGUGCAGCCGAAGGUUCGGCCUCUGCGGGCGAUUGUGUGGCGAACCUGGUUAAAGAGCUGGGGCUGCCUGGAUCGCUUGCAGAUGUCGGAGUGGCACGGGACCAGCUCGAGGAGUGUGCGCGGCGCACGAUGCACGACCCGCUGGUCCCGACGAACCCCCGGAAGAUCGACGGAUGGGAG